AUGGCCGACCAUCAACCCGCCGCGGCCGUAUCAGCGCCUCUGCUCGGCAGCGCGACGACGCAUCACAAUGACCACGACGGCCACAAUGACCACAACGAUCACGAUUACUACGACAAUCUCGACAACUACGACCCUGACGCCUCCGACUCCUCGUCGUGGCGUAGCACCUUGGCCCGCGCGCUGGCCUCGCGCCGCAAGCACUUUCUCGUCAUGGGCGUCGUCGCCCUCGACGUCACCACACUGCUCGCCAACAUUUUUCUCCAGCUCAUUGCCUGCGAGACGCAGCAGGCCGACGAGCCCUGGGUUGGCACCGCGACGACACUGCUCGAGGUGGUUGGUCUCGUGUUCAGCACCGGGUUUAUGCUCGAGCUGGCCGCCUGCCUCUACGCCUUUGGAUGGGGAUAUCUCUCAAACAAGUUUCACCUCUUCGACGCCGCCGUCAUUGUCCUCAGCUUCCUCAUCGACAUUGGCCUGCGCGGCCCCGCAGAGUCCAUUGGCUCGCUGCUCGUCGUGUUGCGUCUGUGGAGGCUAGCCAAAAUUUCGGAAGAGGUCGUCCUUGGUGCCGCCGAGCGCAUGGAGAUGCUCGAGCAUCACAUUGACGACCUCGAGGCCGAGAACAAGCACCUCCGCGCCGUGGUGGCCAAAUCGCAGGACCAAAGUCGCGACGCGAGGAAUCGGCAUUCCUCUUUGCACUGA